AUGCCCCCACAAACCUGUGAUCCAGAUGCCAAGAGCAGCAAUCUGUCUGACAAACCACACAAGGAAAGAGCUCCCACUGCACCACAUAGGCAAAUGCUGAUUGGCACAGAAACCCCUUUAUGCUAUGAUUCUGACAAUGAUGAUGAUGGCAAUGAAACCCAAUACAACAUUGACACCAUCUUGAAACUCAACCCCAAAGUACUCAGGGGUAUGCUCAUUGAACUAACCAAACACAACAAAGCAAAGAACUCCAAUGCAUACAAGAAACCCUCAUGCCAAUCCGACUUCCACCAAUGA